AACAGGUUUUUAUUCUUUUAUUGAGGAAGAAGGCCAAUGAUGGUACGGACUCAUAGCUUUGUAAAACACAAAGCUGGAAGGGAGUGUGACCCAAGGACAUACACAGAUAGCAAGUAGAUAGAAUCAGAAUUUGAACCCAGGUCCCAUUUCCAGAUCCCAGAGCCUGUUCUCUACAUUCUGUUGCCUUGUCCUCUGUCUAACCUUUUCAUUUAAUUUGCUUGGUGCCUUGGUGUGACUUCAUGUGCCAGGAUAGAUUUAUAUUCCUCUCUUCCCUCUCCCUUCCAGGGUAAAUAAACAAAUGAGAAGUUCCUUCCUGGUUUCCGGACUUGGGGAAGAAGGAGGCAUGGAGUCAGCGUGGGGCUGGGUCCUCCAUUUCCCUGACACCUUUGGACUCUUGGCCCUCAAUGGCCAGACUGGCUGGAGGCCAGUGCUCAGCACUGCAGGGCAGCAGAGACCCACAAGAGAACUUACCACCUCUCCCAUUUAAAAAAAUGACACCUCUUUGAGGCCCAUUUGAGAGAUUGCUCCAAUGUUAUUUUUGGUAAGACGUACAGAAAUUACUCCUGGUUUCAAGGACUCACAAUCUCCCAAAAUCAAACUCCUAUCAUAAUGAUCAAUCAAUUGGCAGCAGUUAUAAAGCACCUACUCUGUGCCAGGCACUGUGCUGGGGUAUGGUAAAAUAAUAGGCAUAAGCAGACAGCAGACAAGCCCCAAGUCAUCAGCCUCACUCUCUGUUCCACAGCCAUCCACGUCCAGUGGCCGGACAAAAGUCAGGAUGACUGGUGAUGGCUUGGGACGCAGUGGCUGACCUUGACAUCUUCUAGGCAUGACCAAGCUUCUGCCACCUUCAUGGCCAACUGGAACAAAUUGUUAUCUGCCCACUGCACAGGGAAGUCUUCACAUGCCUGGAGUAGAGCCCCUCCCACCCCGCCAUUCACCCAAGAGUCUGUGGCCCAUUGCUUUCCCUCAAGCUGGUUUAGCCCAUCUGCUGAGAUGGUCUGCUAGGCUGUGGCUUCUUGGAGCCACAGGUAAGAGUUAGUUAAGUAGGCACUAAAGAGCCGAGAAAGGGUCUGGCAAGCCCUUCCUGUACCAGGGGCACCCCGUCCUCCCUGAACACCUCAUACUUUACAAAACCCUCACCUUCCAUCUUAGAAUCAAUACUAUGUAUUGGUUCCAAGGCAGAAGAGUGGUCAGGGCCAGGAAGUAUCUGAGGUUAGAUUUGAACUCAGGUCUCUGGGCCUGGCUCUCAGUCCACUGAGCCACCCCGCUGCCCCUACCUCAUACUUUUUGUUGGCAGAUGAUUGUACAAUCACGGAAGCCUCUGAGGUUGAGAUGCAGCAGAGUAGAGAUGAUUCUCUGCUGCUUGAGCUCAUUUGGGCCUGCGAGGAACCCUAAGAAAACAGGUUCUCCUCCAGCCAGCACCUCCGUCAUCAUCGGGCCAUGGAACCAUCACAUACAGAAAACAAGAGAGAGAUGGAGAGCUGCGGUCUGCUGCCCUGACCUGGGCAGUGCACUUUCCAGGGGUGCCCACAGACAUGAUGAAGUGUGGAGGCACUAAUGACCAGAGCCAGCUCAGCGUGGGGGAAAGUGUGGCAGGAAAGGCCGCUCAGGCUGCUGACCACACCGAAGGUCCACAGAGCCGCUGUGCUGACCUCAUUGUUCUAUGCCUGUGAAAUCUCGCCGUCCGAGCGCCGUGCCAGGAAAUCGAAUCUCUUCCCUUUCAAUUGUCUCAGGAUGGUUCUGAAGGUCACCUGGCAAGAUAAGGGACUGACCAGGACGCUGUGGUCCUUUCUGAUUUUUUUUAAACCCUUACCUUUGUCUUAGAAGCAAUGCUGUGUGUUGGCUCCGAGGCAGAAGAGUGGUAAGGGCUGGGCAAUGGGGUUACGUGACUUUGCCAGGGUCACCCAGCAGGGAAGUGUCUGAGGCCAGAUUGGAACCCAGGACCUCCCAUCUCUGGGCCUGAUUCUCCAUCCACUGAGCUACCCAGCUGCCCCUGCUGAGGUUUUUUCUUGAGCUGAACAGCCAAACUUCAGACUCUACUGUCCAUGGUGUCUGAAUGCAAAUGGACUCUUCCUAAAAGAUUAUUUUACAGAGAACUCACCAAGUAAGCAUUCACAUGGAGGGCAGAAGGGAUAACAAGGACUCUCUCAGGGUCUCUCUGAAGAACUCAGGUAUUGAGGGCAAGACAUGGGAGACACGGGCACAGGACUAUCCUGCUCGGUGUGUCUGCGCCCAAAAAGGUGCCCGGCUCCAGGAGCAAAGCAGAAGAAGUGCAAGAUGCCCAGAUUUAGAGCCAUCUCGAUGCCCACGGUUCACAUGAGGUAUUUGUGCCGGGUCCUGAGGUAGAGCCUGUUGGUCACAGUGGGGCACUGACGCUGACCUCAGGGUGCCCUUGUGGUCCUCCGAGUGUGCUGGACAAACCGGAGACACAAGUCCAGAGAAGGAUAGCCCUUGCUCUGGGGAGCCUGUUUUCUUCCAGGAGAGGUCCUCGGGGAAUACUAGAAAUAUCAGCCCCCAGGAAGUAGCCUUUCUUCCAUGCCUUCCGUAGUGGGGAUACAAAGAAACCACAAAGCUCCUGCUCUUAGGGAGGCUACCCACCUCAGGAGGCAAUGUAUACUCACAGAAGUAUAGACAACAGCGUACAAGAGGGAUACAAGGUGACCUGGGCUUGGGAGGUCCCGAGUUCAAGAGACCCUGGGCAAGUCACUUAACCCGUUUGCCCAGCCUUCGUCCUUUAAUUAGGCAGAAAGGAAGGGUUUAAAAAAAGGGACAAGGUGAAUGGGGGGGGGGGAAGGGGGGAGGCAGGAGGGAGAUCAGGAAAGGCUUCCUGUAGGAGGUGACCCUUGAGCGAAACUUUGAAGGAAACGGGAUUCUGAGAGACAUAAGCGCUGGCUCCAUUUGUCUUUCUUUCUUUUAAGCUAUGCUCAACACUUGGCAUCGUGACCGCACGUAGUAGGAGCUUCAGAAAGGCUUCCUUUGUUUUCAUCUCCGCUGCCCUGAGAGAGCUGCUUCUACAGUUGCUGCGGCUCUCAUGGGCCCGGGGACACCCUUUGUCGGCUGUCUGCUGGACUUCCGGGACCCUCCUCCGGGUGGGCCCUGUGGCUUGGCUUGGCACCCCGUAGGCGCUUCCUAGCUGGGAGGCCACAGGGACCUUCACCCUGGCCGGGGGACCUCUGCGCGCCACAGAACAGAGGCCCCUCCGGGUGCCUGGCUCCGGACAGCGCCCCGACCCCCGCCUGCUGUCCAGCGGCGCCGCCGAGGAGGGGCCCACGUGGGGGGACUGCCCGGGAGCCUAAGGGUGCUGAGGAGGCGGGGGAAGUUGGAGGGGGCACUGAGGGGUGCCUAGGGGGGGAGACUCAGAGCAGCAGAGGCGGCGCCCCAGGCGGUUGCACAGUCUCCUGCAGCGGGCGGGACCGAGCAUCACGUGACGAAGCCGGCCAGACCCCGGAGCAGCUCACCAUGUCCCAGUCGGGUGGCGAUAAGAAGCUUCCUUCUGAGACAGCAGGUUAUGUGGGAUUCGCUAAUCUGCCGAAUCAGGUCCACAGGAAGUCUGUCAAGAAGGGAUUCGAGUUCACCCUCAUGGUGGUUGGUGAAUCCGGUUUAGGAAAAUCCACCCUGAUUAACAGCCUGUUUUUGACUGAUCUUUACCCAGAACGCUACAUUCCUGGAGCCGCAGAGAAAAUCGAGAGGACGGUGGAGAUCGAAGCUUCGACGGUGGAAAUCGAGGAGCGCGGCGUGAAGCUGCGGCUCACGGUGGUGGACACCCCGGGAUACGGAGACGCCAUUAAUAGUCAAGACUGCUUCAAAACCAUCAUCUACUACAUCGACAAUCAGUUUGAACGGUACCUUCAUGACGAGAGCGGGUUGAACCGGCGCCAUAUUGUGGACAACCGCGUCCACUGCUGCUUCUAUUUCAUCUCCCCGUUUGGUCAUGGCUUGAAGCCCUUGGACGUGGAGUUCAUGAGAGCGCUUCACGGCAAGGUGAACAUCGUGCCCGUCAUUGCCAAGGCAGACACGCUGACCCUGAAGGAACGAGAGAGGCUGAAGCUUAGGAUCCUUGAUGAAAUCUCUGAACAUGGCAUUCGGAUUUAUCAGUUGCCUGAUGCAGACUCUGAUGAAGAUGAGGAAUUCAAGGAACAAACCAAGGUCCUGAAGGCCAGCAUGCCGUUUGCCGUGAUUGGGUCCAACCAGCUCAUCGAGGUCAAAGGGAAAAAGAUCCGGGGCCGCCUGUAUCCCUGGGGUGUGGUCGAGGUCGAGAACCCAGAACACAACGAUUUCCUUAAGCUGCGGACCAUGUUGGUAACACACAUGCAGGACCUGCAAGAAGUGACCCAAGAUCUGCAUUACGAGAACUUCCGCUCGGAGAGGCUCAAGCGCAGCGGCGGGCCCGAAGGGGAGGAGGGGGUCGACAAGGACCGGAUCCUUCAGCAGAAGGAAGCCGAGCUCCGAAGGAUGCAGGAGAUGAUUGCGCAGAUGCAAGCCCAGAUGCGGAUGAAGCCUGGGGAUGAGUGAGAGCCUCCGUGUACGGCAGCACCAGACGGGUCUGACUCUCGUGGAAGCGGCUGGGUGCUCGGGUGGGCGCUCGCCACGCCGGCAGCCUCGAAGUCGCUCGCCUUUUCCCGGGAGCCCCGCAGACGCGCCCUCGUGCCGAAGCUCCGCCCGCGUGACCCUUCCGCCCCCCCAGCACCGCACUAACGCGCCGGCCUUUCUCCCUGCCCUCUGCUAACCGCCGCUCGUGCCCCUCUUCCCGGGAGAGCCCAGAGUCCGUCCUUCGCAGCCCAAGUCCCGGGAGGCCCCUCGCUGCCUCGGCGCUCCGCCCGCCACAACUUCCCGCCACUUCGGAUAGAGUGCGUGGGCGGGCGUCAGCAGAGAAGCGCUUCCGGGAGGCCGAGCAGAACUUCCUGCCGCCGGGCCCUGCGCCUCGGCCCGCUGACCCACCCGCAGGAGAAGGGACGCCGCUGCUGCUCCUGGGAGACGCCGGGCUGCGCUUCUGCUCCUCCUCCUCCGACAAGAAGCGAACCUUCUUAGGAGUCAAUCCUGUGCCUUAGACCGCGGCUUCUUCCUGCCUCUCUCCUCCGAGUUCUGGAAACUCGGGCAGGGCCAGACCGGCUGCGGGCGGAGGGGGGUCAGUCUGUAACCAGGAGGACCCCCGAGAAGCCAGACUAGCCCUGGAGCCCCUCAAGGAGUGGGGGUGCCGGGGGGAGUUCACUGGCUUCCCGAGACAACAUGUGGUCCAGUCAGGCUCCCGCAGAGAGCACCAGCUCCGGGCCAGCCCAGGACGGACUCGCCGGUCUCGCUUCCUUCUUCAGCCUCUGGUGAAUUCUUCCAGCAGUGGCCCGCGGUCCGUGGCUGCCACGGGAAUGCCGUGCGCGUCAUCUCACCUUCUGGGUUUUAUGACUGUCUGUAAUCCAUGUAACCUUAUUAAAAAGUAUCCGCUUCCCCCA